AUGGCUGCUCCGAGUCGGCGCGCGCAGGAUCUGCUGAUGGACGACAAAUGGGAUCUCUGCGUCGACCUCUCGCUCCGCCGAGUCGUCUACAGCUCGCUCGCGGGCGCCGCCACCGGCCUCAGUCUUCCACGAGUCGCUGGGCGGCUCUCGCCUUCGGCGCUGGCUGCGGCGUUGGUUCCGCCUACACCAACUGCUCUCGCCUUUUGGCGCAUGCUCAAGUCGUUCCCUCUCCGCAUCCUCCUUUCCUUCCCCUCCUUCCACCCUUCCCCCUCCGUCAACACUUCCCCCUUCCUUCGCCGCGCAGGGAGCCCCACGAGUCGCUGGGCGGCGCUUGCCUUUGGCGCCGGCUGCGGCGUCGGUUCCGCCUACACCGACUGCUCGCGCAUUCUCGACGGCCACGUGCCGCGAUUCUCCGCCCCGCUUGCUGCUAAAGCCGCCUCCGCUGCCCCUGCUCCCGCUGCGCCUGCCGUUUUUGCUCCGCCCCCCGUUGCGCCUGCCCCUGCCCCGGUCCCAUCUGCUGCUGCCGCUGCUGCUGGUGCAUCAGGGUCGUCGGAUCAACUGCCGCAGAACUGCCUACACCGGCUGCGCUGCAUUCUAGGCGGCCAGAUGCUGCAUUUCCCUCCUUCCCCUCCCCUCUCCCUCGCUGUUGCCAGAGCUGCUCCUUCUUCUCCUGCCGUCCCCUGUCAUCCCUGCCAUCCCUGCCAUCCAUUCUGUCCCUGCUGUGCCGCAGCUGACCCUGCUGACUCUGCCCCUGCCUUUGGCUCUGUCUGUGCUCCCUUUCAGUGA